AUGGCCGCCAUUGUCGCCAUACUACUUCGGUUCACGCUGAACCGAUCGAGACCUUAUUUUCAGAGGCUCGAUCUCAUCACAGCCUCGACACCUCUGUUCCUGGUCGAUCUCGAGGACGACGAGAUCUUGGUUGGCCUUCUCGUAACUCUUGUUGGUCAUGACUUUGGUGGUGCUAAUAGCGAUAUGUUUCUGGAGGAAGAUUAG